UUGUGGAUGGAGGGCGAGGAAAUUAUUGAGGAAAGGAUUACGAGAAGAUAUAUAAGAAAUGAAUUUAAUAUUAUGGAAUUAAUUUAAUUUGUUAUGUACAUAUGUAUUAUGUUCGGUUAUAAACUGUUUUUGCAUUUGGGAUUAUAGCUUCAUACAAAACUUUAGACUUUCUAAAGGAAGCCUUUGAUUAUGCCUUAAGAGGCAUAACUGAAGAACUAACGGUACCUAUAAGAUCCACGGCAGUAAAUCCAGCUAUAAAACUUGCUGUUAUUUUAAAAUUCCUUGGUCAAGAGGGCUAUCAACAUCAAAUAUGGCAAGACCGGUUUGCAGGGUUAGCACAGAUCACCACAUCUAAAUGUAUUGCAGAAGUUUUGAAUGCUAUUGAAAAAACAAUGUAUCCGAAACACAUAAAAUUUGAAAUGAGCUCACAAGAAAAGCGUGAAGCUAAGAAUUAUUUUUAUUUAAAAUUCGGAUUACCAGGAAUAAUCGGUGCUGUUGAUGGAACUCACAUUCAGAUGGUUAGACCAGUAAAAGAUGAGCAUCUCUUUUUUAAUCGAAAGCUAAAGCAUAGCAUCAAUGCUAUGGUGAUUUGUGACCAUAACAUGUAUAGUAUAAGAGCUGUAAAUGGAGUUUAUGGUGGAGCAGUGCAUGAUGCCCACGUAUGCCUUUCAAACGAACGACAAUACAUGCUAUCCAACUAUCAAAAUGGAGAUAAAUCUUCAUGGUUAAUUGGUCGGUGAUUUUAUUCAAACCGCUUGUACUUGUAUUUAUAUAUAGUCUAAGGCUUACUAAUUAUUCAUUAUCUAUCCUAUUUAAGGUGAUUCUGGAUAUCCAUUAGAGCCAUGGCUCCUUACGCCUUACCGCAAUGCAGAAGAAAAUUCACUUGAAAGUUUG